UUCUUUCAUUUGCCACUUGAACAACUCUUAACCAGUUUUCAUCAAUGGCAGACCGUGACCGCUCUCUCCACGCCCAAGUUCACCCACAGCACCAGUACGACCACGUUGUUCGUGGCGGUACGGGGAAGAGCGAAGCCGGGACCUGGACUGGCAAAAACUAUCAAUCCGGCGGACCCUCAACAUCCCAAGUUCUAGCCGUCCUCGCCCUCCUCCCUAUCGGCGGAAGUCUCCUCGCGUUAGCCGGUUUAACUCUAACCGGAACCGUCAUCGGCCUAACCGUGGCGACACCUCUGUUCGUCAUAUUCAGCCCGGUCCUGGUCCCUGCCGCCAUUGCCGUUACAAUUGUGGUGGUCGGUUUCAUGUCGUCGGGUGCGUUUGGGGUGACGGGGCUGUCGUCGCUGUCGUACGUGUUCAACCGCUUGAGACGGGUGUAUAGCUCCGAUGAGCGCGACACGGAGCGGGCGAAGAGGGGCAUGCAUGAAAUGGUGGGGUAUGCAGGGCAGAAGACAAAGGAAGCUGGGCAGAAGACGAAGGAAGCCGGGCAGAAAAUGGAGAACAAGAGUCAUGAACAGGGUCAGGGUGUUAGGACUUGAUGAGUGCUGUUUUUCAUUUCCAAGCCUUGCAGUAGGUGUGUGAGACCGAGAC